CUCCUCGUCGACCCGCGUCGAGUCGCUCGACGCCUCGAUCGAAGACCGGACGAAGCGGUCAUGCGCGACGACGAUGCCGAGCCCGAGCGCGCGCUCGGUCGCGUGCGCAAGGUCUCCGGCCCCGUCGUCGUCGCCGAUAACAUGUACGGCGCGGCGAUGUACGAACUCGUCCGCGUCGGCGGCGACGCGCUGGUCGGUGAGAUCAUCCGGCUCGAGCGCGACACGGCCACGAUCCAGUGCUACGAAGAGACGAGCGGGCUCGCGGUCGGUGACCCGGUGGAGCGCACGAGACAGCCGCUGAGCGUGGAUUUGGGACCGGGGGCGCUGGAAAACAUCUUCGACGGGAUUCAGCGACCGCUGAACGCGAUCGCGGCGAUGUGCGGCGAUUGCUUCAUACCGCGAGGAGUGAACGUGCCGGCGCUGGACGCGUCGAAGACGUGGGAGUUCGUGAGCGGGAGGAGCGGGGUGAAGGCGGGCGAUCACGUGAGCGGCGGCGAUAUAUACGCGACGGUGCAAGAGAACGCGUUGAUCGAACAUCGGUUGAUGGUGCCGCCGAACGCGAAGGGAAAGGUGACGUGGAUCGCGCCGGAUGGAGAAUAUAGCAUCGAUGAGAAGGUGAUCGAGAUCGAGUUCGGGGGAGUGGUGAAGGAGUUUUCGAUGAAGCAACAGUGGCCGGUGCGAGCGCCGAGGCCGGUGGCGGAGAAGUUGAUGGCGGAUCAUCCGUUGUUGACGGGACAGCGCGUGCUCGAUGUGAUGUUUCCGAGCGUGCGAGGGGGGACUUGUGCGAUUCCCGGCGCGUUCGGGUGCGGGAAGACUGUUAUUUCUCAGGCGUUGUCGAAGUAUUCCAACUCUGACGGGAUUAUUUACGUCGGAUGCGGCGAACGCGGGAACGAAAUGGCGGAAGUUUUGUACGAUUUCCCCGAGCUCACGAUGACUAUGCCGGACGGACGCGAGGAAUCAAUCAUGAAGCGUACGACUCUGGUGGCGAACACGUCAAACAUGCCCGUCGCCGCGCGCGAAGCGAGUAUUUACACGGGCAUCACGCUCGCCGAAUACUUUCGCGAUCAAGGGUACAACUUUUCCAUGAUGGCUGACUCUACUUCGCGCUGGGCCGAGGCGUUGCGUGAAAUCUCCGGUCGUCUCGCGGAAAUGCCCGCGGAUAGCGGAUAUCCCGCUUACCUCGGCGCUCGACUGGCGUCCUUCUACGAGCGCGCCGGUCGCGUGCGAUGCCUCGGCAGCCCGAAUCGCGAGGGCUCCGUCACCGUCGUCGGCGCCGUGUCCCCCCCUGGUGGAGACUUCUCCGACCCCGUCACCUCGGCCACGCUCGGUAUCGUGCAGGUAUUCUGGGGUUUGGAUAAAAAACUCGCGCAGCGCAAGCACUUUCCUUCGGUGAACUGGUUGAUUUCGUACUCCAAGUACACCAACGCGUUGGAGCCGUUUUACGAAAAGACGGAUCCAGAGUUUGUGCAAUUGCGCGUCGUCGCGCGCGAGGUGUUGCAAAAGGAGGACGAACUGAACGAAAUCGUGCAGUUGGUCGGUAAGGAUUCGUUGGCGGAGACGGAUAAGGUUGUCUUGGAGACGGCAAAAUUCUUAAAGGAGGACUUCUUGCAGCAAAACUCCUUCACGGCGUACGACAAGUAUUGCCCCUUUUACAAAUCCAUCGGCAUGUUGCGAAACAUGAUUCGUUUCCACGCGCUCGCCACGGCCGCCGUCGAGCGCGCGGCAACGACGAGCGAUGGGCCGAAGAUUACGUUUAACGUCAUUCGAGCGCGCAUGAGCGAGCUCAUCUAUCGCAUCGCGAGCAUGAAGUUUGAAGAUCCUGUGGACGGCGAAGACGCGAUUCGCGCUCGCUUCGCCGAGCUCGAAGACGACAUCGUGUCCGCCUUCCGCGCGCUCGAGGACGAGUUCCGAUGAUCGAUGAUAAUUACAUUAGAACCAGGAUUGAUACAG